UCUCUAUCGACGGCAUGCCUCCCUCAGCCUCCGAAACGUUGCGAGCAUGGCUACUGUCGGCCCUGGUGGUGCAUGGUGCCGUGGCCGGUAAUCCCGACGCGAAACGUCUCUACGACGAUCUACUGUCCAACUACAAUAAACUCGUACGGCCGGUGGUUAAUACUUCCGACGUCCUUAGAGUUUGUAUCAAACUGAAACUUUCCCAGCUAAUAGAUGUGAAUUUAAAAAAUCAAAUAAUGACAACGAAUUUAUGGGUUGAACAGUCAUGGUACGAUUAUAAACUACGAUGGGAGCCUAAGGAGUAUGGUGGAGUUCAUAUGCUUCACGUGCCGUCCGAUCAUAUCUGGAGACCAGAUAUAGUGUUAUACAAUAAUGCGGAUGGCAAUUUCGAAGUGACCUUGGCUACCAAAGCCACGAUCUACCACCAGGGCUUGGUCGAGUGGAAGCCUCCGGCCAUUUACAAGUCCUCGUGCGAGAUCGACGUUGAGUAUUUUCCGUUUGACGAGCAGACGUGCGUCCUCAAAUUUGGUAGCUGGACAUACGAUGGAUUCAAGGUCGACCUGAGGCAUAUGGAUGAAAAAGCUGGUAGCAACGUGGUGGAAGUCGGAGUCGACCUAUCUGAAUUUUACAUGUCAGUGGAAUGGGACAUUUUAGAAGUACCUGCCGUAAGAAAUGAAAAAUUUUAUACAUGCUGUGAUGAACCAUAUCUCGACAUUACUUUUAAUAUUACGAUGCGACGAAAAACUCUAUUUUAUACAGUGAACAUCAUCAUCCCUUGUAUGGGCAUAUCUUUCUUGACGGUCCUGACAUUCUACCUGCCAUCAGAUAGUGGAGAAAAGGUCACGUUGUCAAUUUCGAUUCUCAUUAGUCUCCAUGUGUUCUUUUUACUGGUAGUUGAAAUAAUUCCACCAACAUCUCUGGUCGUACCGUUAUUAGGCAAAUACUUAAUUUUUGCCAUGAUUUUGGUUUCUAUUAGUAUUUGUGUGACAGUUGUGGUACUAAACGUACAUUUUAGAUCACCACAAACUCAUAAAAUGUCACCUUGGGUGAAGCGGGUCUUUAUACAUAUUUUACCAAGACUUUUGGUCAUGAAAAGACCGCAAUAUGUCUUUGAGACAAAUAGUAGAUUCAUGUCAAGCAACCGCUUCGUUAUGCGCCAAAGAGAGCUUUCCGCAUGUUUAUAUCCUUAUCACACGACCGUGCAUAGGGAUGACAGCCCGAAGCGGAGGUAUCCUAGUAGGACGCCGUCAAAGGAAGAUAUAUCCCGGAGUUUAGCGGACGGUGGACCGUUCGGUGGAAGUUGUCAGAUACAUGGUCCUUUGGCGAUGCCGCAUUCAGAAUCGGAGGAUCUGACUGUAUCUGCGGCUGAAUGCGAGAACGGCAUAAAGAGUCCGGUACUAAGGAAUCCGGCAUUCUCGCACUCGAAAUGCCCCCCAGAAAUACACAAGUCCUGCUUUUGCGUUCGUUUCAUCGCCGAACAUACCAAAAUGCUGGAGGAUUCCACAAAGGUCAAAGAAGACUGGAAAUACGUAGCCAUGGUUCUGGAUCGGCUAUUUUUAUGGAUAUUUACGUUAGCCGUGCUGGUAGGAACGGCCGGCAUCAUCCUGCAGGCUCCCACUCUUUACGACGAUCGUAUCCCCAUCGACAAAAAGUUCUCCGAAUUCGCCACCACUGCUGUUGUCCGAUGUCCCCCGCAGUAGGCAGUAUCAUAUAAAACUCGUUCACUUAUUAGGCGAUGGUUGGAUUCAUGAAAUCGAUAACGCAUAAGACAAAACCCCGAAUUUCCAUCAUGUUAGGAACUUUAGUAGGUUUAAAUGUCUUCCUUAAUUAGCUACAUUAGUUGUCAUUAUAACAAAACCUUAACUAUCAUCAACGUAACUACAUAUGUUUUAUCUUUCUAAACUUCAUAAGCUUUUUAAGAUAUAUAAUUAUGAUUAUUGUUUUUUAUUACGUUUGCACGAACAAUUUUAUAUAUUUUGUGAUAUUUUGAUGGUUAAAACGAUGUGUGGAAAACUUUCUACGUCAAAUAAAAAUAAUUAUACAUUUUAGUAGUCUCUUGAUACAAAAUCAAUUUAGCAAAUACAAGGGUGUUAAUAUAAUGGAGCAAUAAGUUAUUGGCAAUAUUAUCACGAUAAAUUAUCAAGUAACUCGGGGUUUUGGACAUAAUGGUCACAAUUUUGGCAUAAUUCCAAACAUUCAACCAUCUCCAAUAUCAAUAUCAUCAACGUUUCAUACAAAUCGAAAUCGUUAAAAAUAAGACGCAUAAUUUUAGAAACAUUAACAUUGCAAAACUCAUAUUUAAAAUCUACUUUUUUAUAUACAUCGUUAUGUAUAAUAUGAAAUGUGGCGCCUAUUUAUUGGUCUAAAUAAUAUAAAAACUUACUUUAAUAUUUAUAGAAAUCUGUACAUGUACAUUUUAGCAUAAGAAUUAGAUUUAUAAUUUAAUAAAAUAUCUGUGUUAGUUUAUAUUUCAAGACUGAUCUCAUCAGUUAUUUAAAGUUUUAAGAUUGAAGUAUUACUGCCAAAAUUAACCUUCUCGUUCUUCCAUUUUUUUAUAUAAUUUUUAAAUAUAACUUAAGUCUUCUAAUAUGCCAAAUUUUUAAAUAGAAUUUUGAAUAUGAAUUUUGCACAAAUUUGUCGUCCUUAAACGUCGAAACCGGUAUAAGAAGCUUAUGAAUUUUGUAUUCAAUUAGAGCUACCUGAAAUGUAAAUAUGGUAUUAAAUAUUUAUAUAUUUUACAAAAAGCUCAGUAAUAUUUUAUAUCCAUAAUAUUAUAUACAAAUUGUUAAAAUUUAUUUCUCAUUAUACGAUUAAUUUGUGAUAUUUUAAGGAUAAACACGUAGUGCCAUUAUAGAUUAAUUAAUUAUGAAAUGAAUAAACGAAAUGUUAAAUAGCACAAAAUCUAAAAAAUGAUGUAAUUAAGCAAAUAAAAAAAUAUAUAGAAAUUAAACUAUAAUUACUUUAGUUAAUAAACUGGUAAACAAUAUAAAUGUAGCAAAUAAUGAAAAUUAUAUAUUAUAGUUAGUUCAAUAGACUGCCUAUUGACAAAAUGGGAACACUGUAUAUAGGUUAAAUCUAAGUGUUAGAAUAAUGUAGAUAAGUAUCGUUAUAAAUGGUAAUGUAAUACAGUUUAAGAAUUGUUAUACGUUGUUGCUUGAUUUUAUAAUCAUGCUUAAUAAAAUAAUCCGACUGAA